UUGUUCACGUUUCAGAUUACGUUUUCGAAGAACCACGUCGCUGUGGAUAAUCCGCUUCCAGAUGCAUGGAAAGACAGUGAUCUAGCCGGCAGUGUAGAUCCUAACACCGUUUUCGUUGGUGAAGAGCUUGGUAAUUAUGAACCGAAGUCGCCAGAGAUACCAUCCAACCAACCAGGUGAGGGCGGCGCGCCUGUAUUUGUUACUGAUGAAGCGGGUCUACGGGAAUCGAAGCGGGCUGAACAGCAAUACGGUUUUAAUACAUAUGUCAGUGACAUGAUCUCUAUGAACCGUACUAUUCCCGAUAUACGAAUGGAAGAAUGCAAACAUUGGAAUUAUCCUGAGACACUUCCUACCGUCUCAGUGGUCAUCGUUUUCCAUAAUGAAGGUUGGACGCCAUUGCUGAGGACUGUACAUUCCGUGUUACUUCGCUCACCACCUCAACUUAUCAAAGAGAUAGUGAUGGUUGAUGAUUACUCAGAUAAAGAACAUUUGAAGGAAAAGCUAGACAAGUACGUCAAGCGAUUUGAUGGCAAGGUGAAACUAGUUCGAACAGAGGAUCGCGAAGGAUUGAUUCGUGCUCGAACGAUUGGAGCGAAGCAUUCGACGGCUGAUGUUGUCAUUUUUCUUGACGCCCAUUGCGAGGUGAACGUGAACUGGCUUCCGCCUUUGCUAGCUCCCAUCAAACAUAAUAGGCGGGUCAUGACUGUGCCAGUAAUUGAUGGGAUCGAUUCGAACACAUGGGAAUAUCGCAGCGUUUAUGGACAAGCGGAUCGCCAUUUCAGCGGUAUAUUCGAGUGGGGACUUCUAUAUAAGGAGACAGCCAUUUCUGCCGCUGAAAAAAAUAGUCGACCUCACAAUAGCAUGCCUUUUCGCUCUCCAACCCAUGCGGGUGGUCUGUUCGCUAUCGACCGACUGUGGUUCCAAGAACUAGGUUAUUACGACGAAGGCCUUCAGAUCUGGGGUGGUGAACAGUACGAAUUAAGCUUCAAGAUAUGGCAAUGUGGAGGUGGCAUUUUGUUUGUGCCUUGCUCCCAUGUUGGACAUGUUUAUAGAUCACACAUGCCCUACUCGUUUGGGAAGCUCUCAGGAAAGCCCAUUAUUGCCACAAAUAUGCUAAGGGUGAUCCGAACGUGGAUGGAUGAAUAUGCAGAGUACUACUUCAUCCGUGAACCUCAAGCUCAGCACGUGGAUCCAGGAGAUAUAAGUGCUCAGCUGGCUUUGAAAGAGCGCCUUCAUUGUAAGCCGUUCAAAUGGUACAUGGAAAAGGUAGCGUACGAUGUCCUGCCCAGCUAUCCAAUACCUCCAAAAAAUAAAGUCUGGGGGGAGGCUCGCAAUCCUCACACGGGUAAAUGCUUGGAUCGAAUGGGUGGCAUCCCUGGUCCUCUCGGUGCCAACGGCUGUCAUGGCUACGGUGGCAACCAAAUCCUUCGUUUGAACACGGAAGGACAACUGGCGCAAGGGGAGUGGUGCCUAACACCGAAAGGCGUCCGUGUUGAAGCUAAUCACUGUGUUAAAGGUACAGUCAACGGUCCUUGGGCAUACGAUGAGGUGAGUGAGAUUCUGCAACUUGUGUAA